AUGGAUGGGACUUUGACCGAGGCACACAUCGACUUUGCGGACAUGCGCGCUAGGACAGGCAUUCCCGUGGGCGACCUAUUCACCGUGAUGGAGUCCUGGGGCCAGGACUCCCGUAUCCUGGCUGCUAUGACCACCAUCCUGCAAAUCGAGGAGCAGGCAGCCAGGGCCGUGAGUGCCAAACCCGGACUGCUGCAGCUGCUACAGCUGAUUAAGGACCACAAGGUGCCUGUGGCGCUGGUGACACGAAACACAUCGGACAGCGUGGCCGCUUUCUUCCGCAUCAUAGGGCCCGAGUGGUCCGGGCUGUUUUCGCAAGUGCUUACACGCGAGUUCAAGUACGUGAAACCCGACAGACGGCUGCUGGUUCACGUGGCGCAGGCGUGGGGCAUAAAUCCGGCCGACAUGCUGAUGGUGGGGGAUUCGUUUGAGGACGUGGAGUGCGGUGGGGGCAAUGAGAAGCCGGGCACCGUAGUGCAGCCCCCGCCGGGCGCAGUGGCCACUUUCUCUGUGGGGGGCCUCGGCGAGCUGGCGGAGCGGCUGGCAUUGGCUGGGGAGAAGGGCUCUCAGGCGGCGGGGGUGGCGCUGGGCUGGCCAGCGCGGCUGGCAGCGGGCGAGGUGAUCGGCGCAGAGGGUGCCCCUGCCCCCGGUCUGGACUAUCUGGACUGGCUGGCAGCGCUGGGCGUUAUCCGCUGUGCGCCUUGUUCCUUCCCCCGCAUGGGCCGUGCGGCGGGCGGACUGGCCAGCUGCCAAGACGCAGAGUGGGGCGACCAGCUGCUGCACGUGUUCUGCGGUGCCGGGGCGCUUACCAAGCUGCUGGCCAGCCAGGGGCUGCAGGCGAGUGGAGUGGUUCACAUUGUGCCGCGAGGUUGGGCGCACGUCGUUGCUUCGUCCUUACGCAAUCCCUGCCUGGUGUGGGCCGUGGAUGCGGACGUGGAGGCGGCCCGGAAGCGCGGCCUGCGCGCAACACCCUUCUCCGGCGCUGCUCUGGGUCCCGGCUGCCUGGACGACGUCCUGACUGAGGCCCCCGAGGGCGGCUUCGAUUGUGUACUGCUGGACGGCUCCCACAUGAGCGCCACGCAGCGGGCCAGCUGGUGGACGCACGGGUCGCUGCGUUCGCUGCUGCCGGUGCUGGCGCCAGGCGCCCGGCUGUGCGUGCAGGUGCCGCUGCUAGACUCCCUCAACCCCGCUGCCGUGCUGUCGUCCAUGUGCAGUAUCGGCCUGGAGGGCGAGGACUUGCGGGCUGGGCAGUGCCUCGGGCAGGUACUUGUUUGUAACGUAGUCUUCGCAUGA